AGUUUUCGAUAAAUCUGGUAUUUAAUCCAUUGUUCUUGGAUAAUUUAGUUGAAGUAUAUAUAGUGUUGCGUACAUUUGUGAUUAUCUCCGUGGUAGCAGUGGCCUAAGAUUUGAAAGGACAUUUAGUCAUGGUUAUAGCGACUGAGUAGAAUUUAAGUUAUGGCUUCAAAUCUUCGUAGAAUUUUAGAUUGAAUUAUUUGAGAGGCUAAUUGUCCUACUUAGGCUAAGUUCAUGAUUUUUUUAAAGAAAGCUGGAUAUAUAUAGAGGUCGGGUAAAAUUAUCAUUCUAUGAAAAAAUACUUCUGUGUGAUCUACCUUAUUUCUCCUGCUAAUCGCUUUCGCGCGUCAUUAGUAGAGUCGGAGUCGGUUUAGCCGACGCUAACCCAGGAUAUAAAACCAUUGGACACUGCUACGAGUCGAUUAAAAAUUAAUUUCGUUUUCGAGGGAAAAGGAAAACUACUUUGGCCGCUACCUAGGGAGGAAAGCGUAAAGCACUUUCCCGCUUUCGUUUCCGCUUCCGCGCGCGGUAGUUUCGAACUUUCGAUGGCCGGCGGCGGCGGCGUCGGCGACGGCAUCAGGACGCCGGUGACCUUCCCCCAGCGGCAGAACGCUCGCUUCCCACGCGGAUCGGUUCGUGAGAAGUCGUUGGAACACCAAAAGGCGGGGCCAAGUUCAUCCUCUCCUUCAGUUAGCAGUAACAAAUCCCCACUCCAAAUGGCUGCACCGGUUGCUCAACCACAGAAAUCACUAGAUUCACCGCUGCACAUACCUAGACCAGUUCAGUUGUCUGAAUCUCUAAACUCAAGAAGCAGCCCAUUCAGUUCUGUAUCUGCAGGAUCUGAUUCAGGAGCUGCCCCAUUUGAUAUAUGCAUAAAAGAUGGCAAUUGCUCCAUCAAGUUAAAUCGUUCUUUACUGGAACUCAACAGAGAAAAAAGGCGAGAAAGGGAGCAAUUUUCCAAGGAGGUAGCUCCGUUGCAAUAUUUGAGACCUGGGAUGGUCCUGUUGAAAAAAUUCUUAAAGCAUGAUGAUCAGGUUGCAAUUAUCAAAAGCUGCCAGACUCUUGGUGUUGGCCCAGGAGGAUUUUAUACUCCUGGCUAUAGAGAUGGGGCUAAAUUAAGUCUGCGGAUGAUGUGCUUAGGGAAAAACUGGGAUCCAAAUUCAAGUUCAUAUGGAGAUACACGUCCAUUUGAUGGUGCUCAACCACCAAGCAUACCAGAAUUAUUCAGGAAGAUAGUUAAAGAUGCCAUCCAAGCUUCCAAUGAAUUUCUGAAACAGAAGGCCAGAACUGCCAGUGGUGUUGAAGAGCUUCCUCCAUUGUCACCAGAUAUCUGCAUUGUUAACUUCUACACCACCGGCGGGAAGUUAGGUCUUCACCAGGACAAAGAUGAAACAAAAGCCAGCCUUCUCAAGCAAUUGCCUGUUGUUUCAUUUUCCUUGGGUGACACUGCAGAGUUCUUGUAUGGUGAUGUGAGGGAUGUAGAUAAAGCUUCAAAGGUUGAUCUUGAAUCUGGUGAUGUUCUAAUAUUUGGUGGUAAAUCAAGGGAUAUAUUCCAUGGGGUUUCCACAAUCAAACCAAAAACCGCGCCAAAUUGGCUGGCCGAUGAGACAAAACUUCGACCUGGACGUCUGAACCUCACAUUCAGGCAGUAUUAGCUCGCUCAUAUAUUCUGCUUCCUAGGCUACUUUCAAGUUUCUGCCGGAAAGGCUACUUUGAAAGUUUGAAGUUCAACUUACAAGUAGAAGUAGAACUGUAGAAGUAGAAGGCACCAUUUUGUGUUGUAGUUCAGUGCCCUGUUGGCACAAAACCUGGGUCACAUCGGUUAAAUGUCCAGUUUUUUUUGGCUUACUCGUGUAUGCCAUUUGCUAGUUUAUGUCACUUGAAAUACUGAUAAAUGGUAGCAGCAAGUAUCUAGAGGAAACUCUGGACCAUAUAUUUGAAAUAUUCGCGAUGCAGUUGUUUUGUUUGAGAGGGAUGAUCGACGCAAUUGAUUGAAGGGGGAAAAGGGACAAAAAGAAUUGCUUGUAGACUAUACAUGAAUUCAG